AGGAGGAGGAGGAAGAGGAGGAGGUGCACCGCUCUGCUGCUGUUGGAGAAAACUCACUCCCGACAGAUGCAUUUCCUCCUCUGCAGCUCGACCAGGACGCUGCUCUGAACUCCUCCACUCAAGGUUUGCUUCAUCUCUGCACGCUUUGCUGCAGCAGAGACGAGGAAGCUCUGCAGACAUCCACAGACUUUUGUCCUCUCUGUCUCUCUCACAUCCUCUAGGAACUCUUAAAAAAGAACCUCAGAGUCUCCAUCUGAAUCUGUGCAUCUGCAGGUCAGAUGUUUGAUCCAGAGCUGGGUUUUGGAGCCAGUAUUUAAGAUUCAGAGCCUCUCCUGGAGUUCAUGUGGUCUGCUUCCUCCUAGUCUGUGCUGUUUUAACAGAAGUAGAAGAAAUGAGGGCUGAGGUGCUGCUGCUGUGGCUGGCUGUGAGCCUGUGCUGCGCUCUGGUCUGGGCUCAGGAGGACGUGAAGGUGAAGAGAGGUGGGCUUCAGGUGAGAGAAGCCCGAGGAGAGGUGAGGAGGCAGACUGGGGAAGGAGAGGAGGUUCUGGUGUCAGACGAGCCUGCUGAAAAGGUGCAAGAGGAAGUUAGCAAACCAAAGAAGAAGAAAACACCUGAGGAGAUCGAGGCAGCCAGGGCAAAAAAAGCUGCGGAGAAAGAAGCCAAAGCAAAGAAGCAGAAAGCCCCGAAGCCCACGAAAAAGCCCAAAGCUCCAAAACCGACCAAGAAACCCAAAGCACCAAAACCGACCAAGAAGCCAAAGGCGCCCAAAGCCACCAAAGCACCGAAGACGACGACCACAGCUCAGGCUGAGACGAGGCGCCCGUCACUGGAGGAGGAGGAGGAGAAGAUCAUCAGAGAGCUGGGCUGGGACACACUGUUUGGACUAGCAACACCAAAGACUCCUGAGACCUGGAAAGAGCCCGUAGAGCCAGACCUGGAUGCGGUUCCAGGUGGAUGGCCUAAAAAGGAAGCGGCAACUACAGAGACCAUCAUGUACAUACCAGAGGAAACUACCAUUAUCCCGUACGUCGGCCCGUGGUAUGAAGAGUACGAUUACGCUGACUUGGCCGCUAAAAAACAAGAAGAGGAGGAGGAGAGAGCAAGGAAGGAGAAGGCAGAGAAAGCUGAGCGGCUGAGGAAGCAGUGGGAGGAGGAGGAGGAGGAGAGGCUGAGGCAGAUGGCGAUCCCCGUGGAACCAAAAAAGUGUCCUCCUCUGGGUAUGGAGUCUCAUCGCGUGGAGGACGACCAGCUGCUGGCCUCCUCUCAGUCCCAUCACGGCUUCACGGCUCAGAGGGGCCGGCUCAACAUGCAGGGCUCUAGUGAUGAAGACGACCUGUAUGGCGGUGCAUGGUGUGCAGAACCAGAGGAGACUAACCACUGGUUUGAGGUCGACGCCCGACGAGAGGUGGAGUUCACGGGGGUCAUCACUCAGGGAAGGAACUCAGAGACAAUUGAGGAUUUCAUGUCCUCCUACUUCGUGGCCUUCAGUAACGACAGCCGUGACUGGACUACACUGCACGACGGCUACGCUGAAUGGCUGUUUUACGGGAACGUGGACAAAGACACGCCAGUGAUGAAUCAGUUUACUGUUCCCGUUGUUGCACGCUACAUCCGCAUCCUUCCUCAGAGCUGGAAUGGAAGUCUGUGUCUCCGAGCUGAGAUCCUGGCCUGUCAGCUUCCCAGCAGCCAUGGCAGCGAGAACGAAGUGGAAUCAACAGACGACCUGGACUUCAGACACCACAACUACAAGGAGAUGAGACAGAUGAUGAAGGUGAUAAACGAGGAGUGUCCAAACAUCACCAGGAUCUACAACAUCGGGAAAAGCUCCCAGGGCCUGAAGAUGUACGCCAUGGAGAUCUCUGACAACCCCGGAGAGCAUGAGACAGGUGAACCCGAAUUUCGGUACACAGCUGGUCUCCACGGUAACGAGGCGCUUGGUAGAGAGCUUCUUCUCCUGCUGAUGCAGUUUCUGUGCAAGGAGUAUAACGAUGACAACCCCAGAGUGCGCCGCCUGGUGGACGGAGUGAGGAUACACCUGGUGCCUUCAUUGAACCCGGAUGCCUACGAGCUGGCCUUUGAGAUGGGCUCAGAAAUGGGAAACUGGGCGCUGGGUCACUGGACCGAAGAAGGCUACGACAUCUUCGAGAACUUCCCAGACCUCAACAGUAUUUUAUGGGGAGCCGAGGACAGAGGCUGGGUUCCUCGUAUUGUGCCAAAUCACCACAUCCCCCUCCCAGAAAACACCCUCAACAGCUCUCUCGCCACUGAGACUAGAGCCAUCAUUUCCUGGAUGGAGCGCACACCUUUUGUCUUAGGAGCCAAUCUACAAGGAGGAGAAAAGCUGGUGGCGUACCCUUUUGACAUGCAGCGCCCACCCAUUUCUCUAACUGAUAACCGCCGUUGGAGAAUAAAUGCCGAGAUGAACGAGGAGACCUGGGCUCGCAUUCAGCGGCAGAACCAGGGCGCUCUAAGGGAGACGCCUGACGACACCAUGUUCCGAUGGUUGGCGAUGUCGUACGCCCACAGCCAUCUGACCAUGACGGAGACCUACCGGGGCUCCUGCCAUGGCGACGACAUCACCGGGGGACAAGGCAUCACCAACAGAGCCAGCUGGAAGCCAGUGGUGGGAAGUAUGAACGACUUCAGCUACCUGCACACCAACUGCUUCGAGCUGUCCAUCUUCCUGGGCUGUGACAAGUUUCCCCAUGAGAGUGAACUUCCGCUUGAGUGGGAGAACAACCGUGAGGCUCUGCUGGCCUUCAUAGAACAAGUAAAUCGAGGUAUUAAAGGUGUAGUGAGGGAUGUGGAAGGAAACGCGCUGUCUAACGCCACCAUCUCAGUGGAGGGAAUACGACACGAUGUCAGAACUGCUGCAGGUGGAGAUUACUGGCGUCUGCUGAAUCCCGGAGAGUACCGAGUGACCGCCAAAGCUGACGGCUACACCCCUCAGACCAGACUGUGCAUGGUUGGCUACGACACAGGAGCCACUCCCUGCAGCUUCACGCUGGCCAAAUCCAACUGGGACCGCAUCCGACAAAUCAUGGCGCUCCAUGGCAAGAGGCCCAUCAGACUUGUCACCAAACCAGCCGUGGUGAAAACAACCCCAGUUCCCAUGGUCAUGAGCACCACGGACGGUCACGCCGCUGCUCAGAGAGCAGAGCGGCUCAGGCGGCUCAGGAUCAUCCGUUUACGAAGGAUGCGUUUGCAGAGAUUAAAUGGAGGUCUUGGCAGGACUCCUGCUACCACGACAACAACAACCACAACAACAACCACAACAACAACAAAAGCCCCAACGACGAUACCAAAAACUGAGACCACCACCUCCUGGUAUGACUCCUGGUUUCCUGUGGACAGCUGGUCCACUGAGAACCCGUUUGACAGCAUCAUCUUUGACUCUGGGCCCACACAGGACUAUCCUUUUGAAUUCACCAUCGAUUGAUUUCUAGGUUCACCUCACAUCUACGCGACAAAAAGACCUUUACUAACAGAUGCACAGAGCUCCAGCGUCACAGCUUUAAAGACUCACAGUACAAAACUUUUAGAUAUUAAACCCUCACUAAGUUUUCACUUAGGAAGUAACAAUUUUAGCUCUGGUUGUUUUAAACUUGGGCUGUAUCUCUUAGCAAAUUUCGGGGUCUUUAUGGUGUAAAACAUAGAUAAAGUUUGGGAAUUAUUUUAGCCAUCUGAAAUGAAACUGUAAAGGUUGAAGUAGUCUUCUAUGGUAAAUCUGAUGGAGGUACUUUCCCCAAGAGUUAUUUUGUCACAAACAGGUUCAGAUUUGUUAUUCUAAAGUAUCAACAGCAUGAAUAUAUUUCCAGUCAUCUGGGAAAGCUCCCAUAAAAACCAUUAGAGAAGGGCAGGACUUCUAAAAUAUUCUCCAGAGGUGAUUGAAGGAUUUAUACACCCAGUCCUGUAAUAAUUUAAGUAACUACUCUUGAGUCCUGGGCACCAGUCUCAGUUCAUUUUCAAUGUCCAGCUGUGAUUUAUUUUUUUGUCUUGACCGAGGCGACUGUAGAUAAACCUAUCGCACACAGGCAGGAUGUUGCAAAAUGAAAGAGUGCGGCCAAGGCCCCUGUGCCCAUCAGUGGGUACUCCUUUUCCACUCCGAUCCAAAAUGCAGAAAAUGUCUUGGACUUGAACUGGAAUGCCCACAGCCCACUUUGGGAACCACCGGAUUACAGUGAGAUGAUGAGUAGCGUGAUGAUUUCAAGAACGGCCACGGUAACUGGUGACCUUCAGCUGCAAGAAGGUAAAGGCUCCUGACUUCCUCCCGCUGAUCAAAAACAUGCUUGUUAGGUGAUUUAGUGACUCUAAAUGGCCCGUAGGAGUCAGCAUGAGUAUAAAUGUUUGCCUCUACAUAUCAGCCCUCUGAUUGGCAGUCUAUUCCCAGCUGUUAUCGACUCCAGCUCCUCCUGAUCCCACACAGGAAAAGAGGUUAGAUAAUAGAUGGGAGGGAUGGAUGAAUUUCCCGCCUCAUUCACACCCAAACUCACCUUGACGUCAGAAAUAAAAGUACAAGGAGGUUGACAGAAAAAACAUGGGAAAGUUUGACUGUUUGCAUUCAUGCAUUUUAGGAGUUCUGUUUAUAUUUGAAUCAGCUCACACAAACAGCUCUGUCUGCAUGGAUGCUUCCUGUAGUUUUGACUCAGACCAGUGAUUUUAAAACAUUUUAUGCUCUUCAUAUCCAUGCAAAGUUAUGUGUUUAGUUUAGGUAAAGUUGAAGUGUGACGCAUGGUUGUUCAGAUUCACUAUGCACACCUUAACCCAUCUCACUCCAACAUUAGGGAACAGCGAGACGACAUGCAAAAGAUAUUUUUUUGCAGCCUACAUUUUAGUCACGCCACCCUUAUUCCAAGUUGUUGAUUCAAGCAAUCUGCUGUAGCAAAUCCAAACCUUUUUUUACCUGUUAAUUGGCAAUUUUAUACCAGUUUACACCAAACUAUAUGCAUACAAAAUAAAGACAGUGUGAAAACACCACAAUGAAUUAAUAGUUGUGUUAGAGGUUGUUCAAUUUUUGCAUACCUUAUAAUAUUGUGAGUUUUAAAACUAAAUUAUCAUCACUGUAAUAAUCUAAAUCAUUGAUAGAAUCAAAUCUGAGCCUGUUAGUGACAAAAAAACAACUUUUACUGGGCGAACAUUCACCCAUUCAGCACAUUUAUCCCACAGGAUCACAUCUGCUGUUGCUGCAGCCUUUUACAGGGCUGCUGGCUGAAGCACUUCUAUGUUUUUAUGCAUAAAGACCCUUUGAUUUGUUAAAUAAGGUUCAUGUUUAAGAUGACUGGAUUACACUUUAAUAGCCUUGAAUGAGAUAAAUGUGUUUUAGGAAAACAGAAAAAUGGUCUUAAAUAAAAGUUUCUGCUGAGCAGAGACAACAUAGCAUUAGCUUUGUAGAAAAAUCUACCAACAUUAACACCACAGAAGAAGAAAUGUAAAGGUUCUUCACAUUAAAAUGUAUGAAUGUCUUUAUGACAGUGAGUUUGACGGCCUUGAAAAUGUUCAGCUGAGUCUUUUUGAUUAAAUGAAGU